GGGGGCAAAAAGAAAACCGUUUCUCAGGGAAGUGUUUCCUUGUUACACCAACGACCCCGAUGUUGCUAUGGUUACGUUAACACAACUAUAUUAGGACCGUUUGUCGCUAGUUAGAGGUCCAACAGGAGCUAAGAAAAACAAACAAAAAAACAUUUUAAUGGACAUAAAAGGACAAAAAAAGACGUCGAGGACGGUUUUAAUUUAGCUAACCUCACUUCGGAUAUAUUUUGUGGAGGUUUAUCUCGUUUAAACUUCUCUGCGCCUCGAUAUUUCCCCUCGUAACAAUCAGCAUGGAGGUCGGAGAUAAACUGAAAGAACUGAACAUGACGGUGGACGAAAUGGACAGGUUGACAAAAGCUUUCAAAGACGAGAAGUUCAGAGAAAUGUUGCGUGAGUACGCAGAAGAAUUAUCAGACCCCGAGAAUAAGAAAAGAUAUGAGGAGGAGAUCAAACUUUUGGAGCAGGAAAGAGGAAACACAGUUGAAUUCAUCCACCCUGAACCCUUCAGGGCUCUCAGGACGAGUGUGAACGGCAAGCAGAAGUGUUUCAUCAACAUCUGUGCCAAUGAGAAACUUGGAAAGCCUUCCAGUAGAUGGGGGGUGUCGGAGGAAGGACGCAGAGGACAGUGCUGGUCCCUGCCUCACAGUCUGCACCCAGGGAGGCAAGACACAGACCCAAAGGGGAACAAAAUCAUGAUCUAUGAUGUUAUUUUCCACCCUGACACCCUCCACAUCGCAAGCAAAAACAAAAGAUUCAUGGAUAUGGUGGACAGCACGGCCAUUCAGGGAAUCCAGAAAGCUUUUAACGUGACUCUGGAUAAAAAUAACGUGAGGGAGAUGAGUACAAAAUACAAAGGCACCCCGCACCCUUGUGUCAUCCGGAGACCAACACCUGGAUAUGAAGCCAAGGCGCCCUCGGAGAAGCCUGACCCUCUUGCAUUCCCAUACCCAAAUGAGAAACGACCUAUCCAACCCUCGCAAACCAAACCUACAGGAUCACCUGCGACAGAAAACAGCAGCGAAGCUGAACCUAAAAGCUUCCAGGUAGAGCCUCAGAAAACCAAAGAGCCAACCAAGCCAAACUACACAGUCAAAUAUCGAUCUUUUAUUGAUCUACAGGACUUUAGGUGCUCUAGAGACUCAGCCCAAAGCCCCAGGCCCAAAGAGAUCAUAGUUACCAUCGACUUGCCACUUCUGAAGGCAGUCACCGAUGCCAGCCUCGAGGUAAAGGAGACGAGGCUGCUGCUGGAGUCCAAGAACCCAGCCUACAGGCUGGAGCUGCCCUUAGCCUACCCUGUGGAUGAAGAUAAAGGAGAGGCCAAGUUCAACAGACAGAGAGGACAGCUUACAGUCACACUGCCCGUUCUUCCUUCCAGUGAAGCUUUUGUUUUUGCUGUAGGGGCCGAUCGGACCGGUGGUAGUGAUGAUGAGAGGCAGGAGGAGAAAAGUGAGGCAGAAGAGGAUGAAAAAUGUCAGGAGAAGGAGAGAGAAGACCCGAGAAGUGAGGAGGAGAGAGACACCGAGGAGGAUUUGAAGCAGCAGCAGACAAGGGUAGAGAAUGGCGAAGGAGAAAGAGGUCAGGAGAAAGGAGAGGAGCAGGUGUGGGAAGGAGAAAAUAGCAAAGAAGAGGAAAUUGGUGUGGAGGAAGAGAGAGAAUGGAAGAAGCAGAUACAAAAAGACCAAGAAAGUGUGGAGGAGGAGAAAGUGAAAGAGCAGAAGCAGGAAAACGAGAGAGAAGUUGGAAAAAGGCAGAAAGAUGAAGAUGAAUGGAUAUGUGAACCUAACAAAUCAAGUGAAGAUGAAUGUGACCGAGCAGCGGAGAGAAAGGAUUGUGUUGUGACAGGUUUUCACGGUGAUAAUGUUGACAGAAACUUGGAAAACUCACGCGUGGCUGCACCUGAAACAGAAAAACAGCCAGUUCUAAUCAAUGCUGAACUCUCAAGUCACGGAGAAAAAGAGGAAGAGGUAAAUCUGAACUCCUGUUUGGAGCCAACACCCAAAACGAGGACUUCAGACAUCAAAGAGGAGACUGUAAAGACAACAGAGAAUCUGAAGGUGGAAACAGAUGCUGCAUUAGCCGCCGACACUCAAAGCCAGAACAUAAAGGAGUGCUGCGUUCCCCAGGGGACUGAGGAGUCCAGCAAGAUGACCGCAACAGACGACGCAAACAAGUCAAGCGGAGGAGGCUCAGGCAGCCUCAGCUCUGAGGAAUUCGCCACGGGUUCAGCAGAGUGCGACCGAAGGGAUAACGCAGACGAAGACGACCUGCCGACAGAGCAAAUCUUCCAAAACCCAGAGGGCUGCAACCACAAGCCUCCACCUGUGCUUUUAAGGGAAAUCGAUACAGAUGGUAACGAAGAGAUCAUCAGCGACCAUUCCACGUCCGCUGGGUUCAUCUUCCAAAACUCCCUGAUGUUUGAGCUGGACUGAGGACUGUGUGCGAGGACUCCAGGGAGUUCGUCUGUGUGUGUGAAAGUGGAGGGCAUGUGUGGUAUCUUUUUCUUUAUUGUAGUGUGUCCAACAAUAUUAAACAUUCAUAUUUCUCUUCACAUGACUCAUUUCAACAUCCCAGAAUAAGCUACUGAGGACAAACAAAGUGAAUACUUUUAUUUAUUGAAAUUUCCACAUUAUAUGUGUAUAAGUUGCGGGUCAGUAAAAACACAGCUCCCUUUACUUGUGGACCCUGAGGCACUGAGUUCAGGAGAAAAACUUAAAUUUAUCUAAUUUCUUUAUUCCCCUGCUGAGCAGAAGUAGGUCAGUGGGUGAACCAACCUGCAGUUUGCUUUAAGGGGCAGGGAGAAUGAAAAAGAUGACGUGUGACCAGCAGCACAGGGUAAGUUUCGUUUUGUGUCAGUGUUGCUGUGAGUUACAUAAUGUCAGUGUCACUCGGUUACAGAUGGAGCAGGUACGAAAGGUGAGUGUCUUGUCAUGUCUUGCACCGUUUGCGAUGUGUGGGAAGUCAAACACAAGUGUAAAACAGGCAGCUUGAAGCGCUUUUAAAAACAAAGCUUAACAGAGUCUCAGGCUGUAGCAGGAACCUGCACCGCUGAGCUGUUUACUACUGCAGAUUCCUCUCCUACAACGUCUCACAGCUCGCAGUCUAUUGCAAAAUCCGCAGCAAUUUCCAGCUGUUGGUUUGUUUCCUGUCGAAUG